AUGUCCGAUAAAUCUAAAGAAUCCCCGCCUCCUAAUCAUUGUGGGCACGAUGAUAUGUAUUGCAAGGUCUUGUCUGCCUUCUUAGCCUUAUCAUCGUACUUGAUCUUCCAGAUUAUCGACAUUACAUCUAGGCAUUAUGCUGUUGCCUUCAAGAUCCCAAUUCACAAUAUCGGUAUAUUUUUCGACAAGUUAUUUAGUCUUCGGGUCCUUCUAAUUUUGGCAGGUAACAUGAUAGAGUACGGGAUCUUUCACGCAGCUGGAGCUGAUCGUGAUACUGGAGACGGCGACAAGAAUAAGGGUAAGAGAGUGCGCAGAUAUAUCGCAGUAACAGCUUUCGCCGGUUUGUUUUGUGUUAGAGUGUGGUUUUUAGCUGGUUUAUAUUUCUCCAAGGAGCUCGGUUAUCAUGCCUAUGUAUCUCUUAGUUUCGAGGGGUUUCCUUUCGGAAUUAGUGACUCUGCUUUCAUGCCUCUUAUUGCUCAAUAUAUGUCAGUUGUCGCCAUCAUGUUCAACAUGACCCGUAUAUUUAUAUUUGUUGUUCAAUUUAUUCUCGAUAGAAUUUGGUAUGAUAAUCCUCUGCUGAUGAUUAAAAUUCAGGCUUGGAUAUGCGUCCUUUUUACUGGGUGCUCUGUUUUCCUUUGGUAUUAUUUUAAUUUUGUCAUCAAAGAUCACACUUUUAAACCGCCUAAAAUAGAAAACGCAAAAGAACCUGAAAUAAAAAAGCAAGAAUAUGAAGAAAUUGAGAUCAAUGAUGCUGAAAGUAUUUUUGACAUGCUUAUUGACCUAUGUUUUUCACCGGAUGAAAAAAAGGAAAAAGAGAAACAAAAGGUAAAUCAGCAAAGUAAAAAAUCUGAUUGUAAUGCUCUUUGUCAAGACUGUAAGAAACGAGUGGGAAAAGACGGAAUCUUCACUUUAAUAUCUCCUCUUAUGAUGUAUUGGUGUCUUAAUCCUUAUAUGACUUUUUUAUUUCCUGGUACCGUUCCUUACGCUCUGUUAAAAAGGGAUAAAUGCCAUAGAAUUAACAUGUUUAUUCCUAUCUUCGAUAACUUGGGGACGCUUACUUUGUUCUUUAUUGACAACUUUGGCAAACUUUUUCCAUGCUGGAGCUGGCACUAUGAUCUGUUUUUGCUUUUGCUUGUACCCUUCCCUAUCAUAUUUGUUUUUGCUUUGAUGGCCAUGCACUCUAGAGUUUCAGCAGCCAGAAAAAUUAUCAGUAACAGAACUAGAGUUGGAGCAAUGACUCUGGUCAUGUAUUUCUCUAACAGUUUUUGUACUCCACUUCAUUACAUUGGAAUGGCUAAAUAUUCGUUUAGAGGAAAUCCCUAUGGGUUCACAAUUCAAGGGCUGCAAAAAGUCAUAGGCGGUAUUGCUCGUUCGUUUUGGGCGAAAGUAUCUGUUGGCUAUAGCGUUACCAGAAUUAGCUUAGGGUAUCAUCUUCCAAAAUUCCGACCAAAUCACAGAAUGUCUAAAAGUAACCUUGGUUGGUACAUAUUUAGGCAAACGUUCAGAAAAACAUGGGCAGAUUUCAAAGGAGAUUUUGUAUUGGAUAUGAAAAAAUAUCUGUAA